UUUACAAAUGUCAACACAAAUUACAGAUACGACGGUUUUUUGUUUUCCCCCAAAAGAAAAAAAAAAUGUAAAUAAUUUCUUCAAAAAUUGCAAACAUGACACAAAAUCUAGGUGGAUGGAUCCACAGUUUUACAGUUACCGAUACGCUUACCCACAAGCAAGGAUAUACCAUCUACAAAAUAACUUCAAUCGUUUUCCCACGGUCAGUACCGGAAGCCCUAACAUGCAUAUCCGUAUGGAAGCGAUUUCACGAUAUUAAACGACUCUAUCGUGAAAUAUCUCGCCGUCACAAAACCAUGAACCUUAACGGCCAAGUACCUGAACCCUCUGAUAAUAGUUUUUUUAAACGAUUCGAUGCCAAAGUCAUCCAAAACAGAAAGGAAUACAUUUUGAAUCUGUUAGACUUUGUAGCUCAACAUCCAGCCUUGUAUAAAUCUCAUGCAUUUAUGCAUUUUUUCAAUGACGGUCAUUCGGCUGACAAUAGUUCUCAAUUUCAUCACGAUCUCAGUUCCAAGGGUAACAUUGAGGCAAUUUGCGACAAUCUUGACAUUCAGUACGACGAUAGUUUGAGUCUAGUUGAUCCAAAGAAAGAUCAAACUAUUGUACAAUCAUUUGAAAAUAAACUUGUUAAACCAUCUCAAGAAUCGGAAAUGUUAGAAGAUGUUAAAAAAGAUGAAUCUCCGAAAAAACCCAAGGAAGCGGUGCGCGAUUUUUCAAAAAUACUUACACCGAUGGUCUCAUUUGAAGGAGAGGACAAUGAUUAUAUUUAUGAGGCAGCAUUGCAAUUUAGUCGUGCUGUUCAAGCCGAAGUAAAUAUGGAAUAUGCGGAAGCUUAUAAAGGUUACAAGCAAGGUGUUGACGUACUACUUUCAGGAGCUAAAGACGACUGUAAUGAGGAAAGAAAAUUAAUAGCAAAAACCAAAGUAAAUAAAUAUAUGGCCAGAGCUGAAGAUCUAUUUGACAAAUUCUUAGUGAAUCAGGAGGAUGAUAACAAAAAUAAUUUUCAACUUUCAAUUGAUAUGACUGAUACUUCUAACAGUACAUCCAGUUCAUUGUACUUGGAACGUCCAUGGAACCAUUUGGUCAAAUAUAAAGUGCUCCGGAUAAUCGACACAGUUAUGCUUGUACAAAAUGUUACUGACAAAACUGUUUUUAUAAUGAAAGGCAUCGAAAAACCUUCAAGUAAUUCCCCAGCCCAAACAGUAUUUUUACCUCAGAAUGUACCGUACAUGGUUAACUUGAUGGCAUUUUUUCAAUCUGAACAAAAAAUAUUUUUUCUUCUUCAACAAGCAAAGGGUGGCAAACUCUUUGACUACGUUAAGUCAUAUUCACCAACUUGUGAAAAGACAGCUUCGCUUAGUGAAAUUUUUACCGAAGUUGAUCCGGAAAAAAAUCGAAAAUGUAUUUCAAUCGAAAACUUGGCUAAGUCAAAUACACAUGAUUCUGGCUUCGCUGAGACACCUGACAUUCCAACAGAAAAUAUGGAUUUUGCCGAUAUCGUAAUGUGCUCACAAAAACUUAUCGAAUCGGUUUCGAAUACCCUAAAAAAGGUGGAAAAUAAAAAAGAGGAGUUACUUACGGUUGAAGCUGUUAAUUCCUUGCCACUCACUCCAUCCAGAUUUUUAAAAUCACCAAAGAAAAAGCUGAGUUUACCAGAAGCUAGUGUUAAGCAAUGGGCAAGGGAAUUGAUAACAGCUGUCAAUGUGUUGCAUUCUAAAGGCGUGAUAUUAGGGGAUCUACAUGGUGGUAACCUGCUCUUAGGUUCCAAGGGACAGUUACUGUUAUCAUAUUUCUAUCAAAAUGAAGGUAUAUCUGAUGGCGUCCAAAAGGUCUGCAGUUAUAAGGCCUUGUCUGAACAUUAUGUUGCUCCUGAACGUCCAUUAACAACUAAGUCUGACUGGUGGAGCUGUGGUGUGGCAUUAUUUCAAUUGUUAUUAGGAGUGUCUUUUAAACAAUGUCAUCCGGGCAAUAUGGACCUUUAUAGUUCAAUACAGUAUCCUCAUGUAGAAAUAUCUGAAGAAGCUGUUGAUUUGCUCGAAGGACUUUUGCAAUUAACUCCAGCUCUAAGAUUUGAUUUUGAUCAAAUAUGUGCCCAUUCAUUUUUCAAAGGCACCAAUUGGGAAGAAUUGGCUCAAAAUGGAACCAAUUCAAUUUGAAAUUUUCUUCAGACUGCUGUUUUAUUAUAAUAAUUAUAUAUAUUUGUAUUAAGAUGAAUAAAUUAUGUGUAAUCAAG